GGACCAAGUCGCGUCUUCAGUGAGCAGUACCAGAAGGAGCUGCUUGAGCAAACACAUAUUGCAUUCGACCUGAUGCGCAGCAGGCACAAACUGGCCGGCGAAAUGAUAUGGAACUUCAUCGAUUUCAUGACUGAUCAAACAGUAAGUCGAGUGGUGGGUAAUCACAAGGGCAUGUUAACGCGCAAUCGACAGCCGAAAAUGGCUGCCUAUGUUAUCAAGCAGCGCUAUGAAAAUCUGGAGAAACAGAUGAACGCUGAAAUGCGGCAGGCCGAGGAGCAGCAAGCUCAGGAGCAGCAGACCACGGAGCAGCAAGCCGAGGAGCAGCAAGCGGAACUGAACUGGUCAACACGAAUGCUAACUUUCUCAUCAUCAUGA